CCGAAGCAGCAAAGCAACCCCUUCCAUCUCUCUCGCAUUCCAUUGUUCAUUUGUGUGCGCGUAUAUAAGGAAUUACUGCUCGAAUCGUCGAUAAUAUACUCCUCCGUCGUUUUCCUUCCUCCGGCGCAACCUAUGCUUCUCUCUCCACCGCUUCUUCUCACCCUCUUUUCCCUCCCCUAGCUCUUUUUUUGUUCAGUUUUUCUGCAUUGGACUUCUUCCUAUUCUCUAGCUUCUUUGCAGUGGCAAGCAGGAACCAGAAGUAGUGGUUUCAAGUUUCUAGAGAGUUCGCUUUAAUGGCGGAGCAUGUUUACUGCUGUGAGCCAAAGUUUUUCCUUUUCUUAGCCGUAAUUGUGCUUCUCGUCCUGUUUGCUGGCUUGAUGUCGGGCCUUACCUUGGGCCUCAUGUCCUUGAGUCUUGUUGAUCUUGAAGUUCUCGCUAAGUCUGGCACCCCUAAGGAUCGCCAAUAUGCUGAGAAGAUAUUGCCUGUUGUCAGAAAUCAACAUUUAUUGCUCUGUACUCUGCUGAUUUGCAAUGCCGCGGCCAUGGAGGCACUUCCUAUCUUUCUUGAUGGUCUCGUUACGUGGUGGGGCGCUAUCCUGAUUUCAGUGACAUUGAUUCUUCUGUUUGGUGAGAUUAUCCCUCAGUCUGUUUGUACUCGAUAUGGGCUGUUGAUUGGUGCAACAGUGGCUCCCGUUGUCCGUGUGCUUGUAUGGAUAUGCUUUCCAGUUGCUUUUCCAAUCAGCAAGCUUUUAGACUUUUUGCUGGGUCAUCGGAAUGCAGCCCUUUUCCGCAGAGCUGAGUUAAAAACUCUUGUAGACAUGCACGGUAAUGAGGCUGGAAAAGGUGGAGAAUUGACACAUGAUGAAACAACUAUUAUUGCUGGGGCACUUGAACUAACUGAGAAAACUGCCAGUAAUGCUAUGACCCCUAUAACUGAAACUUUUGCCAUUGAUAUUAAUGCAAGGCUUGACAGGGAAUUGAUGAGUUUAAUAUUGGAGAAAGGGCAUAGCAGAGUCCCAGUCUAUUAUGAGCGACCUACAAACAUUAUUGGACUUAUUCUGGUCAAGAACUUAUUGACAAUUCACCCAGAAGAUGAGGCACCAGUGAAGAGUGUGACCAUUCGAAGGAUUCCAAGAGUUGAAGGCAGUAUGCCACUGUAUGACAUCUUGAAUGAGUUUCAGAAGGGCCAUAGCCACAUGGCUGUUGUUGUAAAGCAGUGUGAAAAUUCAUCCCAACAUUCUGCCAGUAAACAUGGCUCAACGAAAGAGUGGAGUGUGGAUAUUGAUGGUGUUAAACCUUCUCCUGAGAAAGUUCUCUUCAAAAAGAAGCCACUUCAUAAGUGGAAAAGCUUUCCAAAUUCACAUAAUUCUCCCAAGCUUGGCUCUCGAUCCAAAAAAUGGUCAAAGAAUAUGUACUCGGACAUUCUGGAGAUUAAUGGAAGUUCACUUCCAAGGCUUCCAGAAGAAGAAGAAGCUGUUGGGAUCAUUACAAUGGAAGAUGUUAUUGAAGAGCUUUUACAGGAGGAGAUAUAUGACGAGACAGAUCAUCAUUAUGAGGACUCCUGACCAAAAAUGAUCCAGUGUUCAUGUACAGAGCCACCAAAUAAUCGCAUCGUUUUCUUGUUUUAUGUACAUGGAUAUUGCAAUUUAGGAGUGAGAGCUUCGAAUAGGUCGGGAUUCAGAAAUGUGAUUUUAGAUUAGAAGAUGACAAAGCCAUGAUCAGGAAUAGGGUAGGUAUGAGGAACUACAGCUACUCUGUACUUUGCAUCAUCGAUACAUUUUGUUGCCGAGGAUCCACCACCCCACAGGAUCAUCACGUGCUUUGCUGCACAUUUUCAUGUUUUGAGGGUGGGGCAAGUUAUGUCAUUAAGUGUAAAAUUAAUGUUUUGGACUUCUUAUUAGAUGCGCUUUUGUCGGCGUUAGCCAAAAAAAAAAAAAGUGCUAUAAUUCAAUUGUAAGUUUCAUAUUGAAGAAUCAAUGAAGUUCAAUGUCCUCCUGUGA